AUGUCUGAAAAAGACAGAGCGAGUAAACUCGCAGCUAAAGAAAAAAUAAGUACAAUAAUAGAAAUAGAGAAUAAUUCAGGAGACUCUUCAGAGAGUCAAGAAAGCGUAACGGAAUCAAUUUACUUAUCACAAGAUAUAAGUAAAACAGUGAUAAACAUAGAAGCAGAAGAUACUUUAAAAAGCACAAAUUUCAAAAUGGCUGACAAAAAACCAGCCCUAACGAGAGAAAUCUCGUUAGUUCCAACGUUUGUUAAUUCAAACGUAAUUAAGUUUAUAAGUGCUUGUAAACAGUUCCAUGAUUUAAUGAAAGAUUUUUAUACGACUAACCAAAUUAUUUUAGCGUUGACUACAAAGUUAAAUGAGAUGGAUCAUACAAUGAUCCAGUCUCAUGACUUUGACACCUUCGAUGAUUUUAUAAAUUAUAUAACUUCACGAGGUAGGUCAAACAGGACACCCAAUGAGGUGUUACAAGAGAUAUACGAUCUCAAGCAGGGUAAAUUCGAAUCACUUCGAGAUUACUCUGCUAGGAUCGACUAUCUCAAGACGGAAUACGAGACCACAGAAAUGAUCUCAAACCGUCCGAAGUUUUUUAAAGAAGAGAAAAAUCUGCUAAGUUUCUUAGCAGAAAGCGCGAUAAAAGGCCUUAAGCCUAUUUAUCGCAGUAAAUGUACAGAAGUGUCCUUAGAUUUUAAGGAACUUCGUACAUUUAUGAAUAAGGCGGUCAACGAAAUUUUUGCUUAUGAAAAUAAGCCAUUCGAGGCAGAAAAAUUUUUUAAGUCUAGACAAGAAACUAGACACGAUAUAAAACCAAGUUAUAAUCCUCGUAAUUGGCAUCAGCCAAGAGGGAAUUCCCCUAAUAACAGUCAAUUAUCUUUCAUUUCAAACCCCAAUAAACAAAGAUACAAUAAUCCUCAAUCUUUUAUGGGAGGAUUUAAAAAUUCCAAUAACUUUCAAUAUCGUAAUAAAACUAAUGGAUUUUCAGGUAGUGAUUUUAAUUACCCUAACCAUCAGGUUAGGAAUAAUUUUAAUCAUAACAAAAAUCCAAUUUACCCAUCAGGUAAUAAUCUUAAAUACCCUAACCAUCAGGUCAGGAAUAAUUUUAAUUAUAACAAAAAUUCAGCUUACCCUUCAGAUUACCCUUCAGGUAAUAAACCCCAGCAUUCAGCUUUUAACCAGCAAAGUGUCAUUUGGAGCGAUAAAGUUUUUAUUGAAGAUUAUUGUUCAAACAUUCCUUAUAAACACCCGGAUACUGCAACUAUUUUUCAAUCAGCCAAAUCCAUCAUUGAGUGUAUCGUGUUGGGACAAAUAAGAGACUCAUUGUUAAAUUCAAUGUUGGUUGUCAUCCUAACUACUCCUUCAGUGACUCCAGGAAAGUUAAUGUUCGAGCACUUGAUGAACAAUUCAGGGACUAGCUUGUCCAAUCUUGGAGUGGUUGUUGGAUUGGGGAAUUUCGAUAAUUCAACAUCUCCAAAGGCUUCUCGGAAAACGAAAGAACAAGAAUUUCCGGGAUCAAAUUUGGCAGAAAGUCUGUCAGGAGAUAAUCAAGAAGAAGAUCAAGAUGAUGGAUUCUCUUCAAUGGAUGAUGAAGAAAACUUCAAAUUGUGGAAAUCUCUUUAUGAAGCAUUCUCAGAGAUCGAAGUGAAGAAAGAUUGGAGAAGCACUGAAUUUUCUUCGAAAGUCAAGUGGGCAUUAGGUGUUUUAUCCUUUGCAAGUUUAAUGAGUCUAAGAGUCAUUGUAAAAAAACCUGAAUCUGUCUUGGAUUCAUUCAAACUCCGGUACCGAGGCCAUGCAACUCAAUUCUUUGCUGCUUAUGGAACAGGAGAAGCUCCAAUCCCAUCAUUGAAAUUCUUGAAUAAAUUUCAAACCAUCGCUCAGCCAGGAAUUGAACCUAUUCGGAAAAUUCUAUCCCUUUGUGUUCUCAACUACAUUGUGAAUAAUAGCUUAAAAGACAGUUCCAUGCAAGACAGAGGAUUCCUGGAAGCAGGGUUACUCAUUCAUACUCAAAUGAACGGAUUAGGUCCAAUCAAAUUGUAUGAGGAGGCGGCUAAUUAUCUAAAUCUAAAAAUUGCAGAACUUGCGAAGAAUAUUGCUUCCAAAGACAUUGUCAACAGCUUGACCAAGUGGUUUGAGCUUGUAGCCAUUUCCCCACUUGUUACUAAUACUAUCUCUCCUUCUGCUGUUUCUUGGGGAUGGUCUCGAUUGUUUGAUAACAACUUUUUUGCUUCAUUCAAUUCUAAGGAUCAUUUAAAAUUAACUGUUAGAUUAGCAGGAAUUCUUCGAAUCUCAGAGUCUAGAGCCAACAUUUGCUCAAUGGCUAUCCUCGAUAAUCCAGUUGCAAAGAAUCUGUUAAAUAGUGAUGAACAGACUGCAACUUACAUCCAUAACAAGUUCAAGCCAAUCUCAAUGGAUCCUUUGAUCUACACGGAUGACAGUUCCUUUGAAUCAGAGACAAAAACUCAGCAAAAAGAGAAUUCUGAAAAUCAAUUUACUUCCAAUGAACUCAUCAAUCCAUUUUAUAUUGGUUCAGAAGAGGAUGAAGAUUAUGAGGAUAAUGAUAUGUCAAAUGUUGAUUAA